CAAUACAAAUGAAAUACAUUGUAGUCUGCAGGUGUACAAAUUGUUGUGUCAGAGUCAGUAAAUAACGUAAAAUUUGACUGAUAAGUGUUGAGGCAGUAACUUAAAGACGCAACACAAUCACAAUGCAAGGAGACAAUUGUCGAGAUUAGUUCUUGAAGUGUUCAAUAAAUAAAGCCGGCACAGCUGAUCAGAUUGUCGGCAACUAUUUUUAAACACAAUCUAAUGAAUCGUUAACCGGAAGCACUUAAUUUGCAUAUUUUUAAAUCAACUGUCGAUAUGACAAGCAAGCGGUGUCUAUCGCUUAGCCGCCACAUGAUAUCGAUAUGUUUAGCGCUAUUGUCUGGUCAUACUUUUGUAUAUUUGAGCACAGUUUUUGUUUACAUUUAGCAUAUAAAACUGAAUUCAAAUGUUUUGUGAGAAAAACAACGAUUUACGUGAUUUGGUAGCCAAAUAUCCUGGCCUCCAAGUAAAGCACACCAAAAAUAAAGCCUAUGUUAUUAGUGGAGUCGUUUUCAUAAAUGAAAAGUGGUUAAGAUUGAAAUUGUAUUUACCGCAUUUUCCAGAGCUGCGCGACUUUCAAGUGCAUCUGCAGCAGCAACUGGAAUACAAACUCUACAACCAUGCCAAUCUUAAGGUGCAGUCGGACUCCAGUCUGGAGGAUUUGCUAAUGCAGCUGGCCAAAAUGCUGCCGGCGCCAACUGCAGUGGAUCACGACCAAAGCAAGCAACAAAAUAUCUAUGCUGAGAUUCUGAACCUUCACAAACCUCAAGAGUAUCGUCUGCAGUUGGAUGAUCGCUGCUCCCGAAUUCGGUUCAGCAAUUUUGCGGAUUACGAUGCGCAUUAUCUGGAGCUGGAGUUGCCGUCUUUGCGUCCUUUGGAGCACAGCCUGCCCGACUGUGUUUCCCUUGGCGAGAUGCUGGCAACAAGUGCCCGCUCGCUAGGAGAUGCCUUGGCUCUAUAUCUAAGGCUGCUGGAUGAGCUACGUCCCUUCUACGACAGCUUGGCGGACAUUGAUGAACUGUGUGAUGUGUUGGAGCCAUCACCCAUUACCACCAAACACAAUAGUCGCGUCUUUCCGCUCAAGGAUCGUGUCUAUUUGAAGCUCACCAUCGCUGAUCCUUUUGGCAGCUUCGGUUCCAUGGCGCUGCAGAUUAUUGGACCCACUGAGGAAGUGGCACAAUUGCGACACGUGCUGAGCGAUGGACUCGGCAGCUGGGACAUGGAACUGGACAUGCAUAAGAAUCUCUUGCGCAUCUUUGAUUUGUGCUACUUUCCCAUGCGCGGUGAUCUUGGCCAGGGGCAGGCGGCGAGUGAGGAGGAGCAGCAUUGCAAUAUUUGCUAUGUCUAUCGCUUGGAUACGGGCGAAGUGCCUCUUGUCUCCUGCGACAAUUCGCGCUGCGUGCUCAAGUGCCAUGCUGCCUGUUUAAAGGAAUGGUUUGAUACGUUGAUCGAUGGCAAAACAUUUCUGGAGGUCUCAUUUGGCCUCUGCCCGUUCUGCAAGGCGAAAUUAUCCACCUCAUUUGCUGCCUUGUUGAAAACUUGAAGUUCCUCAAAAACUAAAUAGUAUUGUCGGCAACAAAAUUAAACCCAUUAAAGAGAGUAUCAAUUUUAAAUUAUCUACCUCAUGAAAUCUCAAGAUGAAUCCUUGAAACGUCUAGAAAACCAAAAAUUUUACGAAAUAAAACAAAUUAAAUAUGAUUAAAUUAUAAUAUAUAAUGUUUAUGACCCGAAAAAUCCUGUUUUUAUUAUCCUUUAU